AGGAGCAAACCCGCAGCUGAGUGCUGACUUCGUCCAAAGAACAUCUGAUCGACCAAUAGCACCAUUGUCCCCGAGGGCAGCUGUCACCAUUACUUCAUCCGCAUUGGUUAACAGUAAAAAGCGAAUUUAACAAGGUAAACAACGGAAUUGAGCGGGCUGACCAUCGGUUUGGGAAGUUUUUUGGAUUGGGAACAAGUCAAAAACAACCUCCGCGGGAGUGAGAAAGGAAGAGACCAGUGCUGGACAAUGAUACUGGGGAAAUUGGUGUUCCAUACCUUUUCAUACCUUGCUGGUUGCAGUCUUUGUGUGGGAUAUGUUUUUCAAGCAAGACGACCAGGAGAAUGGGAUGAAAAUCCACAUGCUAAAGUUCCCUCAGACUCCCCAUGGAUAAAAUCAUCUGGAUCAUGCAGGGGAAGAUGCUUUGAGCUGCAUGAAGCUGAACCUCCACACUGUCGCUGUGACAAUUUAUGCAAAACCUACAUCAGCUGUUGCCAAGAUUUUGACGAGCACUGCUUGAAAACCGCGGGAGGGUUCGAGUGCACUAAGGAGAGGUGUGGGGAAAUUCGCAAUGAGGACCACGCCUGCCACUGCUCUGAGGACUGCCUCCUUAAUGGAGACUGCUGCACUAAUUACAGGGCCAUAUGCGAAGAGGGGGAGACUCCAUGGGUGCAGGAUGAGUGUGAAGAGAUUGACACCCCAGAUUGUCCUGCUGGUUUCAUUCGGCCCCCUUUGAUUAUGCUGUCUGUGGAUGGAUUCCGGGCCUCCUACAUGAAAAAGGGCAACACCGUGAUCCCCAACUUUGAAAAACUGAGAACAUGUGGCACUCAUGCACCUUAUAUGAGACCUGUGUACCCCAGCAAAACCUUCCCAAAUUUGUAUACACUCGCUACGGGCCUUUAUCCGGAAUCCCACGGGAUAGUUGGCAAUUCCAUGUACGACCCUGUGUUUGAAGCCACCUUUAACCUGCGGGGCAGAGAGAAACUGAAUCAUCGUUGGUGGGGAGGUCAGCCGAUCUGGAUCACAGCAGUGAAGCAAGGAGUGAAGGCUGGAACCUUUUUCUGGCCCAUGGUGAUUCCCAUGGAGAGGCGCAUACUGACCAUACUGCAGUGGCUAAAUCUUACUGAUGACCAGAGGCCCUAUGUGUAUGCUGUCCACUCGGAGCAACCGGACACCUUCGGCCACAGGCUGGGGCCCUUGAGCAAAGAGCUGAACAAUCCACUGAGAGAAAUUGAUAAGAUCGUUGGGCAGCUGAUGGACGGGCUGAAACAGAUGAAUCUGCACCGCUGUGUGAACAUCAUUCUGGUGGGAGACCAUGGAAUGGAAGAGGCCCACUGUGACAGAACAGAGUUCUUGAGCUCAUAUCCGCUGAAUGUGGAUGACAUCUUUUUGAUCCCUGGAUCUCUAGGAAGAAUUCGCCCCCGAUUUCCCAGCACCUCCAAAUAUGACCCGAAAGCAAUUGUUGCAAAUCUUACAUGUAAGAUGCCAAACCAGCACUUUAAGCCAUACCUGAAACAACACCUUCCCAAACGUUUGCACUACGCCAACAACCGGAGAAUCGAGGAUGUACAUUUGCUGGUGGAGAGAAAGUGGCAUGUUGCAAGAAAAACUCCUGAAGGCAAGAAGCAUCCUGGGAAAUGUGGUUUCAAUGGUGACCAUGGCUAUGACAACAAGAUCCACAGCAUGCGGACAAUCUUUAUGGGACAUGGACCAAGCUUCAAAUUCAAGACACAAGUGCCAGCUUUUGAGAACAUUGAACUAUACAAUGUCAUGUGUGAUCUCCUGGGCUUAAAUCCUGCUCCUAACAAUGGGACUCAUGGCAGCCUCAACAACAUAUUAAAAAGCCCCUCCCACAUCCCCACCCAGCCGUUGGAAGUGUCCGAGCCCUCCCCCUUAGACCCCGCCUCCGCUGUCACCGACGACCUCGGGUGUAGCUGUGACGACCAGAAUGAAGUGGAAGGGCUCAGUCAGAGCCUCAUGGAAGCAACAAACGAUACCGGAAAUCUCCCGUACGGCCGACCGGCCGUUCUUUUCCAAACGAACUACAGCCUUCUGCACCACCUAGACUUUAUCAGCGGCUACAGCGAAUCGCUGGCCAUGCCCCUCUGGACGUCAUACACGGUUCCUAACCAGGUGAACAUCACGCCGCUCCCCGAGUCUUUCAGCCACUGCAGGAGGCCUGACGUCCGCAUAAACCCGACCUACAGUCAGUCCUGCGCCGGCUACGACUCCGACCCAAGCCUCUCCUUCAGCUUCCUCUUCCCCCCUGAACUGGCCUCAUCCCCUGACACAAAAUACGACGCCGAGCUGAUCACAAACACAGUUCCAAUGUACCCCGCGUUUAAGAAGGUGUGGAACUACUUCCAGAGGACACUGGUGAGGCGGUACGCCAGUGAGAGAAACGGGGUCAAUAUCAUCAGCGGCCCCAUAUUCGACUACGACUAUGAUGGCCUCCGUGACUCAGCUGAGAAGAUGGAACAGUUCGCGAGCGGCCCCGUGCCCGUCCCCACGCACUACUACAGCGUGGUCACCAGCUGCCUGGACUACACGCAGGACGUGGACACCUGCGGCGGCCCGCUCAGCGUCUUCUCCUUCAUCCUCCCGCACCGGCCGGAGAACGACGAGAGCUGCAACAGCUCGGACGAGGAGUUCACGUGGGUUGAGGAGCUGAUAAAGAUGCACACGGCUCGGGUGCGGGACAUCGAGAUACUCACAGGCCUGGACUUCUACCGCCAGACCAGCCAGAGUUACACAGACAUCCUUUCCUUAAAGACUUAUUUGCACACGUAUGAAGACGAGGACUGAAGCUCUCUCGCCCUGGUACAUCUUUGAUGGCAAGCUGUAUAUUUGUUUGUUUUGUUUUUUUUAAAUGUAAUUUUACAUGUUUGUAUUCCUUAGAAGUGCCAGUAAGUAUUGUAAUCCCAUGUAACCCCCCCCCCACACACACACACACACCUUUUGUUUUUUAACAAAUAACAAGAUUAAUUUUAUUAUUUGCAACUGUCUUUUUAAAAUUGCGGUCUGAAUGUUUGUGACAGGUUUCUGAUUAGUCAUUGGAAGCUUCAAUAGGACUCAAUGGGAUGGGAGUAAACUCCCAUCACACUGAAUGCUGUACUGUAAACCACAACGGAACUGUAUCUAAGACUUUUACCACGUACUACCAACUGUGUGAUUUUCUACAUCCACAAAGUUGCGUCACAGCGAACGAAAAUGUUCACUGUUAUUAGUACUAAUAUUUGCUCGUCAGACAAGCUUUCCAUACGCGAAUGGUGGAUUCGCUCUUGAUGGUGUGGGCUUCUACUGAAGACUGAAUGCUAAUUUCUUUUGUAUCUGGUGGCCAGUUAAACUUGAUUCCCUAUAUUCUUGAUUUUUGAAGUGAAGCUGCCCUGCAUAUUAUGGCCCAAUAGUAGUACUGUUCAUCAUGGCUGCUGAAAAGCCACACAGGGCUCUUGACUGAGAUAUACUAUAUGAUUCUCACCACUUUCUGAUCUUAUGAUUAUCAGUUGAUACGUACUAUAGUAGUUCUUGCGUAUCUGGAAGAAGAAAAAAAAAAGGUACUUUUAAAUCCCUUUUAGUGUUUUUUUAGUUAGAAGUAGCAAGGAAAUACCUUCAGCUCAGUGGCUCUAACAAAGCUCAUUUUUAAAGGCUCGGCAGGACCAGACUACAGUCUGGUGUUAUUGUAUUAAUAGCGCAUGCUAGGCGCUUUCUUAGGAAGAGUGCUACACAGAGACCACUGGCUCGUUUAUUUAUUUUCACUCUGUGCUAACGUUACUUGACGAUAUUGUGUAAUUAAGCAUGUGGUACCACAGUGUCUGUUUCCGCAUUACUACACGGCACAGCUGCCUGUGAGUAUUUGCAGAGCUACGAUUGUGGCAUUCUGUCUUGUGCUUAUUUUAUACUGGUUCCUCACACAGGCUUUUCUACAUAUGGUAAUAACAGUCUCCCCUAAAUUUGAGCUAAAAAAAUAAUGAACCUUGUGACAGGUGAAGCUGUCAAUCACUGUCUCAAACCAAUCAAAAGAUGGCGGUCACCAAAGAGGAACACUUAAUUGGUUAAAAUCAGCGGAACAUUGACAGGAUGUUGAAGGCUCCACCCAUCAGUCGGACAGAUUAUUUUACAGUCUUUAAAAGCUUACAUUACUCAUGACGGUUACUCACUGAAUGUGUUCAAUUUAUAUAUAAGUAUGCAUAUAUAUACACAUGCAAAUCCGGACCAUUUUGCGGCGCUUCCGUAAGUGAUUGUGUUGUUUUUGCAAUGUAAUUGUUAUUGGAGAUUAAGUUUAUAUCUAGCUCCUGGUAAGAGUGUUCAACAGUACAUAAGUCUAAUUACAUUGUUUACAUUCAAUGUAAAUUUGAGGAUGUUUGCCACAGCCUAGUAACACUGAUGUUUUGCUUAUAAUACCAGCUGUGUGAUCAACAUAUUUAUGCCUUAUGUAGAACCAUGAAAUUGUAUCACAAUAAACCAGAUUUUUAUUCAGUUUAA